AUGGCUGGAGGUAAUCUGUAUAACUUCCUUCACAAGCACAAAAAUACCUUGGAGCUUUCGUUGAUUCUUAGGAUUGCUAUUGGCAUCUCGAAAGGGAUGGAUUAUUUGCACCAGAAUAACAUCAUCCAUAGAGAUUUGAAGUCUGCCAAUUUAUUACUUGGUGAUGCUCAAGUCGUGAAGAUUGCAGAUUUUGGUGUCUCGCAAGAGGGAGAUAUGACUUCCGAAAAUGGUACCUAUAGAUGGAUAGCACCUGAGGUGAUAAACCAUAAGGCUUAUGAUCACAAGGCAGAUGUCUUCAGCUUUGCUAUUGUUCUAUGGGAGUUGGUCACUUCAAAAGUCCCAUAUGAAAACAUGACACCAUUGCAAGCGGCACUAUCAGUAAGGCAGGGAAUUCGCUUGGUGAUUCCCUCGAGCGUGCAUCCGAGAUUGUCUAAAUUGAUUCAACGGUGUUGGGGUGAAAACCCCCAUACACGACCCGUUUUCUCUGAGAUCACCGCAGAACUGCAAGAUAUCUUGCAGACUUUUCAGGCCGCCUCCAGGUCCAAAGGAAGCCAUCGUUGUAUGAAACAAAAGAUACAGAUGAAAUCAUAG